AUGAGACCUUGGAGCUGGUUCCUGCUGCCGACCCUCUGCCUCCGGCCCACGGGGGCAGCCCAGCCGCGCGGCGUGCUUGCCUCGGCCAACUGCGAGCUCAAGCCCCAACAAAGUGAGUUGAAUUCCUUUUUGUGGACCAUAAAGCGAGACCUGCUGUCUUACUUCUUUGGCACAAUCCAUGUCCCGUAUACCCGGGUUUGGGACUUCAUCCCUGACAACUCCAAGGAGGCUUUUCAGCAGAGCAGCAUUGUGUACUUGGAGCUGGACCUCACGAACCCCUACACCAUCUCGGCCCUCACCAGCUGUCAGAUGCUGCUGCAGGGCGAGAACCUCCAGGACGUGCUCCCCAGGGACAUCUACUGCUGCCUCAAGUGCCAUCUGGAGUACGUCAAGCUCACGAUGCCCUCCUGGAUGACCCCAGACCAACAUGGCAAGGGCCUCUAUGCAGACUACCUCUUCAGUGCCAUCACGGGGAACUGGGAGAGGAAGAGGCCCAUCUGGGUGAUGCUCAUGGUCAACUCCCUGACUGAAGUGGACAUUAAGUCCUGCGGGGUGCCGGUCUUAGACUUAUACCUUGUCCAGGAGGCUGAGCGGCUGAGGAAACAGACUGGGGCUGUGGAAAAGGUGGAAGAGCAGUGCCAUCCGCUAAAUGGGCUGAACUUUUCACAGGUCAUCCUUGCCUUGAACCAGAAGCUCCUGCAGCAGGAAAGCCUGUGAGCAGGCAGUGUCCAGAUACCCUACACGAUGAAGGAUCUCAUCAAGCACUAUAACUGUGGCGACCUCAGGUCCAUCAUCUUCAGCCACGACAGCUCCCAGGUUCCCAAUUUUAUUAAUGCCACACUACCACCACAGGAGUGUGUCACUGCUCAGGAGAUCGACAGCUACUUCCGCCAGGAGCUCAUCUACAAGCGGAAUGAGAGAAUGGGGAAGCGGGUGAAGGCCCUUUUGGAGGAAUUCCCUAACAAGAGCUUUUUGUUUGCCUUUGGAGCUGGUCAUUUCAUGGGCAACAACACAGUGCUUGAUGUUUUGCGGCGUGAAGGGUAUGAGGUAGAACACGCCCCCGCUGGACAACCCAUCAACAAGGGGAGGAGUAAAGCACCCUCCCCGAAUCCGGCCCUCUCGGCCAUCUUUGCUCCGGAAGUCCCCGCCCCGACACCGCCAGUACCGGAAGCUGGCUCUGAGGCGCCCUUACUGUUGCCGCCACACGCGUCCUCAUCCGGAAGUGCCGACCUGCCCAUCUAGGCGGAGCGGAAGUUCCGGAAGAAGUGGAGGAGGCUGCUGCGAAGGCAACAGCUCCGGGAGUUCAGUGAGCUGUGGGUCCGCCUGGAGGAGAGUGCUGUGGUCCCACAUCUCCAGGUGCCCAUCCUGGACAGGCAUAUCUCCACUGAGCUGCGGUUCCCUCGCCAGGGGCAUUUCCACCAUAGCCAGAUGGUGGCCAGCCAUGCCUGCCUGUCUCUGUGGACUCCUGUGUUCUGGGUGCUGGUGCUGGCUUUGCAGACAGACUCCCCUCCUGUAAUGGCUGGGGCAGCCAGGCCACGACCUUGACCCUGGGACUUGACGGACGGCCGUCCUGCGCUCCAUACUCUGCCCUGGCCUUGACAGGCCCAACCCAGGAGAUUCAGGAUAAAUGCCAUUAUUGACUCUUCUCUUCCUAAGGAAUCACUUAGGGUAUUCAACAUGCUGGGGGGAGGUGUACAGUUUUGUAACAUAGCUAUGAAUGAGUUAUAUGAAAAUAAUAAAAUGUUUUUCUGCGUAGACUUCUUUCCCCCACAAUGUGUAUGUAUCAGGCAAACAACUCUUGGUCACAUCCUCUGAGGACUAUCACUGCUUCACUCCAGCGCUCUACUCAGCUGCGACUUUGGAUCCUUUCAUGUGCUGGCCUUGGAUCCUGGCCCUUUUCUUUUUUCUGCUGCUCUUCCUCCCUGUAAGUGCCUGGUUGUGGAUGCAGGGGAGUCAGCAGGCUGUGGCAUCUUUGUUCUGCUCCUGCCUAUUCAAAAGCUGGUGAAUACUGGGCUCUGACCAGUACUUUGCUUC